GCCCACGGACGAUAUAAGAGGAGGGGGGAGCACACCGCCCUGCCGGAGUGCGCUUCUGGUACUCUGCAGACCUGGCACCUAUGGCGUCCUACACAGAGAAACUGGCCCGGAGCCCGGACGCGUCGCCGUCGAUGGACGUCGACUCGCUCAAGUCGCCCGACAUCGAGAAGCUCGGCGGCGUCCAAGUCGACGUCGGGGAGGACAUCGACGCCGAGUUCGGCGGCCACGAGGCGCGGCAGCGGCUCGAGCGCAGGCUGCUGCGGAAGCUCGACCUGAGGAUGUCGAUCAUGGUCGUCAUCUACAUCUUGAACUACGUCGACCGGAACAACGCAGGUGCAGCGCGGUUGCGAGGUUUGGAGGCGGAUCUGCACUUGACAGGGCAGGACUUCCCGACUUUGCUCUCCAUCCUCUACGUCGGGUACAUCCUGAUGCAAAUCCCUUCGAAUAUGCUCCUGAAUUACCUGGGGAAGCCGUCGUUGCAGCUACCUCUAUGUAUGAUGGUUUGGGGCAUGAUGUCUAUCCUGACAGGCAUCACCAAAAAUUUUGUCGGCGCCCUGCUGACCCGCUUCUUCCUCGGCUUCGUCGAAGCCGCCUUCUUCCCAGGCGCGCUCUUCCUCCUCUCGAAGUGGUACAAGCGCGACGAGCUCGGCCUGCGUGUCGCGAUCCUGUACUGCGGGAACAUCAUCAGCAACGCGUUCGGGUCCCUGCUCGCGUCGGGCAUCCUCGACGGCAUGAACGGCAAGCUCGGGCGCGCCGCCUGGCGCUGGCUCUUCUACAUCGAGGGCGCGCUCACGAUCUUCGUCGCCUUCUGCGCGAUCUUCAUCCUGCCCGACUUCCCGACGACGACGCGCAGGCGCUGGCUGAGCGAGCCGGAGCGCCGCCUCGCGAUGCGCCGCAUGCAGGAGGACGUCGGCGUCGGCGACGAGGCCGAGACGGAGGUGACGCAGGUGCAGGGGCUCGUCAUGGCGCUCAGGGACUGGCGGAUGUGGGUCAUGGCCCUCGCGAUGACGGCGCAGGUCACCUGCCUCUCGUUCAACGCGUACUUCCCAACGCUGUCGGCGACAAUGGGGUUCAACACCACGGUGUCCCUCCUGCUCUGUGCUCCGCCGUUCGUGUGGACGGCGUUCGAGGCGUUCCUCGUAUCUCGUCACUCCGACAAGCAUAAAGAACGGUUCUGGCACAUCUGCAUACCUUUCAUGGUCGGAAUAGUCGGCUUCAUCAUUGCCAUUUCGACGAUGAACACCGCUGCAAGAUAUGUCUCGCUAUUCCUGAUGGCGCAAUGUUACGCAGGCUUCGUCUGCCUUUACGCCUGGGUCAGCAACACCUUCGCGCGUCCACCGGCGAAGCGCGCAGUCGCAGUCGCGUUCGUCAACGCCUUCUCGCAAUUAGGUAACGUGGCCGGAUCGUACGUCUGGCCCAGUAUGUGGGGACCGACUUACACAAACUCGUACGCCAUCUGUAUCUCGACCGGCGGCUUCUCCAUUCUUCUGCUGGCGAUCAUGAAGGUUCACCUUGAAAAGGAGAAUAAGAAGAUGGACGCGCUAAAGGAUGGAGACCCCAGGAAGAAAACCUGGAGAUAUAUCUCCUGAGAGUGAGAGGUCUUCGUGGGAGGGAGCAUCCGAAGCGUAUAUUAGCCAUGUGUAAUUGCUGUCCUCAAACUUGAAGGUUC